AUGACUACACUUGACGACCUGUGGCAUAUAACGGUGAUGUGCCCAGAGCACAACCACGGUCCCGAGGAUCCAAUCGCCUUCCCAGAACACCGCAAACUCACGCAGGCCCAGAUUGACGAAGUUGAGCUCUUAUCUCGCGAUGCUGCCCAAACGGCUCGAACGAUCCAUAUAUCCCUCUCCGUUCGUAACGAGGGUAUUUUGACAACGGAGAAGGAUGUAACCAAUCUUCAGACCCGGCGUCAAAUGCGUGAACUUGGGGCUCGAACGUCAACGCAGGCGUUGGUAGCAAAACUAGACGAUAUACGUAUACCGCACGCCGAGACCUAUAAUGACGAACACCUCGAGAAGAUCGUCUUCCUGCUAGACGAAGGCUUCGAGUUCUGGACCCGGCAUUCGCAUUUAAUGAUGCUCGAUGUGACCUAUAAUACUAAUAGGUUCGGGCUGAAGUUACUCGAGGUAAACGGCAUUACUCUCUCGGGCUCGAUUUUCCCACUUGUGGCCUGUCUCUCGCCAGACGAGAACGGUGGUAUCUUCGAAUGGGCGCUGGGCCAGUGGAAGAUCUGGAUAACGGAAUAUGCUCUCAGCCUCGACCUCAACGACGAUGCCUUCUAUCCGCACGUUGUGAUUACCGACUUCGAUGCAGCGGAGCGUUGGGGUAUCGAUCGUGUGUUUCCGUUGGUCCAAAAGCAGCUCUGUACGUGGCAUAUCGAAAAAAACAUCAAGAAGGCGGCUCGUGAGCGUUGGGUAGGGGAAAUGGCCGCUCGUGAGGCUGAUCCGAUGAAUAUCGGUAUUCUUGUUGAUGGGGAUCGCGGCGUACGAGCACAACGAACCCCGGAUGACUUCGUGAAGGCGUGGAAAGGCCUUCGUGAUGCAGAUACAGAGGCAGAGUUUUUGGUAUUGUGGCAAGCAUUGCAGAACGACUUUUCACGCAGCCUGCACGCCCUCGAGCACCCCGUCAGACCCAAGCCCAACGAAACGCCGCUAUUGCACGCAUGGCUGCCCUUGAAGCUCUACAAAUGCAGCAAACAGCAGCCUCAACACCACAGGGUCAGUUCACGAUAUCUAACGACGUUACGAUACAGCAGCCAGCCCAACCGCUACAGCCGGUACGUCAACCUCACAGCUUUCGAUCGCACACAGCACAGGUAUCGCGAAAUGCCUCGUUUUUUCACGUCACAGCUAGCUACACAAGGUGUAUCUAUCCAGCAAGCAAUCCAGGAUUUACAACAAUCCUCACAGCCGCUGCCGCCGCCGCCGCCGCUGCCGCAGAUAAUAACGCCGCUGAUGACGCCGCUGAUGACGCCGCUGCUCCACAGGAUGAUGUAUCGCGAGCCUCACAGGAUAUGGCACAAGGUUACGUUGGAUUUCAAGGCAGCUACCGCAGGGCAGAUACAGAGGCAGGCGAAGCCGCGGGUCACACGGCGCCAGGCAUCGCGCAAGCGGCCGUACGAGCAGAUAAUCCAGUUCUGA